AUGACCACGGCAGGUGUGUUUGUGCUCCUGUCCUUUGUGCUUUGCUGCUUCCCAGAUGCUGCCUUCGGGGUUGAGGUGGACUGCAGUACGUAUCCCAACACUACAAACGAGGAUGGCAGAGAGGUGUUGGCCUGCAACGAGAUCCUCAGCCCCAUCUGUGGUUCCGAUGGAGUAACCUACAGCAACGAGUGCCUGCUCUGUGCCUACAAUAAAGAAUAUGGAACCAAUGUCAGCAAAGACCAUGAUGGAGAAUGCAAGGAAGUUGCCCCUGUGGACUGCAGUAGAUAUCCCAACACGACAAGUGAGGAUGGCAAAGUAGUGUUGCUCUGCCACAAAGACCUCAACCCUGUCUGUGGUACCGACGGGGUCACCUACGACAACGAGUGUUUGCUGUGUACCCAUAACCUAGAGUCUGGAACCAGUGUUGGCAAGAACCAUGACGGUGGAUGUAAGAGGGAAAUUACUACAGUUGACUGCAGUGACUACCCGAAACCUGUCUGCACACUUGAGGAGAUGCCACUCUGUGGUUCUGACAGCAAAACAUACAGCAAUAGAUGUAACUUCUGCAACGCAGUCGUGGACAGCAACGGGACUCUCACUUUAAGCCAUUUUGGAAAAUGCCGAGAGAAUUGA